CGACGCUGUGGGUGGAGUCAUCGAGUUCAGGCGGGAAAACGAACCCGUGAUGACGCAACACGUUCAAACACAGUUGUGUUUAAUGCAAUGGCUCCAUAGACAGUCAAAGAAAGAGAAUGGCUCCCAUCAAAAUAAAACAUAUCGUCUCGUUUACAUCACAGGACAGUAAGAAUGGUGUGAAUAAUCUGUGUGAAGACAGUAGCAGCAGCAGACCAUGGUUGUGCAGUGUCCAGGACUGCAGUGGAGUCCUCAGGGUGGAGCUACAGAUGGAGCGAGCCUCUGCUAUAGGAUUCAUUGAUGUUGGCAACUGUGGCUCUGCGUUCAUUCAGGUUGAUGUCGGCCGCUCCUCCUGGUCAUUAGACCGUCCUUAUGUCACCCUGCUGCCCACCGCAACACUCAUGAGUCCAGUGGACUCCAAACAGGGCACUGGCCGGCAAAAUGUGCGCAUGUUUAAAAAAGUUGAUUUUCUCCCUCAGGCUGCGAAGGAGAGCUGGGACAGACUGCGAGUCACCUGCACUCAGCCUUUCAACAAACGGUCACAGUUUGGUCUGUCCUUUCUGCGCAUCCGUACCAUGGAAGAUGAGGCCGAAGAUUCCUCAGUGCAACUUGAAGAUAUCGCUGGUGAAAAUCUGAGCACACCAGAAAAGAUGACAUCUGUGAUGGAGUGGCUUUCCAGUCCAGCUAUCCAAAACACGUUUUUUGGACGAAUCACAGGGGAUGUCUCCUCAGAUCGCCAAAGGAAUGCCGGGAGUUUGAGUCGGGCAGAGCGCAUGGUCAAAGCUGCCCACUCAAACAGAUGCUCCUUGUCAACAUCCCCCUGCAGUACUACAUCCAGCACAACACCUCCGAGAGAAGAUAACCUGAAAUCCCCACCAGGUGGAUUUAGGACUUCCAGUAACCAACUAAAGGCCCCUCAAGAGCAAAGGAAGAAGUCAAAAGCACGGCAGAGCCUUAUAAGCAGUGGCACUCCACAGAAGAGAUCCAGACCUACAGCAUCCACCCAUGAACCCAGCUCAACGAGCCCACACAGAAGUGCCCACCAGGCUCCACAGGGCUCUCCUGAGACCCGAUGUCCUCUUUGUGGAGAAUGCUUCAGUCCUGAUUAUCUGCCUUUCCAUGCUUCCACCUGCCUGGAUUCUGAUUCAGCCGAGCUCAUGGGAGUCAGGGAAACAGAGCUCAUGAGCUCACAGUACUCUUCUGCUUUUGACUCUGGCGCAGGUGAGCAUUCAGUUUCGUGUCCUCUUUGCUCCUUCCGAUUCCCCCCAGACCGUAUCCAGCAGCACGCCAGCACCUGUGGAGACACGGUAGAGCCAGGUACUGUGUGGAUGAACUGAGAGAAGAGCACUGUGGACUCAAAAACUUUCUCAGAAUAGCAGCAUACAAACAGAAAUCAGGUCUUCUCUUGGUUUCCAAGGCCUUGGACAAAACGCCGUUCAGUAAACACUGUGUAUCCUACCGGCUUAUGCCUCCCUAAAAAGACUGUGUUUUUAUUGUUUAUAACAUUGGUCAUUAUGAAAUGUUUGACUGGCAAACAUGUUUUGGCUGUAAAUAUGUUUGUCGUCUUAUCAGUUGUUCACUCUCUGUGAUAUCAAUUAGAAAGUUAAAUAAAACCAUUGUUUGUAAUUGAUUACACCAUAUUGUCAUAAAUGUAAAAUAUAGGUUUUAGAAAGUUCGGAUUUGUCAUUUUUCUCACUUUUUCAACAACAAAAAUAAAUACAUCUUUUUGGUUUAAAAGUGAUUACAUAUACAACACUGUUUAAAAGUUCGGUGUAGGUCAGAUGUUUUAUUGUUUUGUUUUUCUUAAAGAAGUAUCUUAUGAUUAUCAUAGCGGCAUUCAUUUGAGCAGAAAUACACUAAAAUGGUAAUACUUUGAAAUAUAAUACAAAUUUAAACUGGAUAUAUUAUAAAAUGUAGUUUAUUUCUGUGAUAGCAAAGCUGAAUUUGCAUCUGCAAUUUCUUCAGUUUUGAAUCCUUCAGAAAUCAUACUGAUCUGCUGAUUUGGUGCUCAGAAAUAUUAUUAUCAAUGUUGAAAAAUGGAAGAGCUGCUUAUUAUUGUAGAAACUGGUCAAAUUUUUCUGAAUUGUUUGAUGAAUAGAGAACUUUUAUUUGAAAUUGUAAAUGUUUUUACUGUAACUUUUGUUCAAUUUAAUCUGUUUUUCUGAAUGAAAGUAUUCAAUUCUUUAUGAUAUUUCCUUACUGAUCACAAGCUUUUUAACUA